CCCGCCCACUUCCCCAGCAGCCAAUCGGAGCCCGGUGCUGGGUUGAUGGACACAGGGACCUCCCCCCUCCGCUGGGCGGGGGCCCAGGCCUGCCCUGUCGUAGUCAGCCUGACACCAGCGUGAUCACCCCCCUCCGCCGGCUUCCAUGAGCCGGUACCAGGCAGCCGUGCUGGGCCUUGGCCUGAUGUUCUUGCUGCUACUGUAUGUGGGAUUGUUGAGACCCCCCGAAGAGAAGUCCCGGCUCUGGAGAGACCCCAAUGUCACAAUCCUGGCUGGUGUCACCCCGGGCAAGUCUCCUAUCUUUUACCGAGAAGUGCUUCCUCUCCACCAGGCGCGCAGGGUAGAGGUGGUUCUGCUCCACGGCAAGGCCUUCAGCUCGCACACGUGGGAGCGUCUGGGAACGCUGCAGCUCCUGUCCCAGAGGGGCUACCGGGCCAUCGCCCUCGACCUGCCAGGCUUUGGGAACUCGGCAGCGUCGCGGGAGGCCAGCACCCAGGCCGGGCGUGCGCAGCUGCUGGAGCGGGUGCUACAGGACCUGGGGGUGCACAACGCGGUGCUGGUGAGCCCCUCGCUGAGCGGCCUCUACGCCCUGCCCUUCCUGAUGCAAGGCCACCGGCAGCUCCAAGGAUUUGUGCCCAUCGCGCCCACCUCUACCCAGAACUACACCCAGGAGCAAUUCUGGGCUGUGAAGACCCCUACCCUCAUCCUGUUUGGGGAGCUAGACCACAUUCUGGCCCCAGAAUCUCUGCGGCAGCUCCGCCACCUGCCCAACCACUCCGUGGUGAAGCUGACCAACGCGGGCCAUGCCUGCUACCUGCACCAGCCUCGAGACUUCCAUCUGGUUCUCCUUGACUUCCUGGACCAUCUGCCUUGAGCCGACCCACGGAUCCCAGGACGGAGAGCUGAGGAUCGGGCUCAGCCCGGACUUGCUUCCGUCCUUUCUUGGGGCCCAAUAAAGGAAACGUGAUUUUUGUCUUGCCU